CAGUUAAUGACCACAAUACAGCGAUGUAGGUUUUCUAAUGAUUCUGGUGAUGGAUUUGAAAUCUACGACCCUGUAGACACGAGCCCUCCCAUCCCACCAUACAUUGAAAGGCAGGGAGAAACACUAGAGCUGAAACGAGCUAGACUUCUCUAUCAGAGUCGCAAGAGAGGAAUGUUGGAGAAUGGUCUGUUGUUAAGGUUUGUUCUCAGCUCUGACCUAAACAACGCUCUGCAUCAUAUAAACACUCCUAUCAACAACCUGUUUAACUGGAUGGCAAUACAACUAACAGCUGACAUUUUAACUUAAAAUAUUGGCAAUUUCUCUCGGUGUGUGAAUGGAAAUUGAUUUGUUGAAAAGGCUUUACAUUUUCAUUUUAAAAAAAAUAUUCUUUUAAAAUUUCUUAUAGCAAUUUCGCUGGGCGUUAUCUAAACUCACUGACAGAAAAUCAACUUUCCUUGUAUGAUAAGCUUAUCAACCAGCCUUCAAAUGAUUGGGACAUUUAUUACUGGAUUACAGGUAACUUAUAAUGUUUAGUAUGCUUCUUUUUAUUUAUUUGUUUAAAAUUUAGAAUUGACAUUAUGAGGAAUAGACAGCAGUAAUAACAUUUGACAAAAAUUGAACUAUGGUCACACUUGACACGAGAUGAACAUGAAAUAUGAGCUUGUCAUCAGAUAACCUUAGCAUCACAUAAUUGGAGCACAUAAUCGUAAGCACAGUCAUGAAGGGCCUUGAAAGCCAAAAUAUACUCAAUGACUGUCAACAUGGCUUCCGAGACAAUCGAUCAUGUGAGAUCCAGCUACUUGAACUUGUAGAAGAUUUGAUGACCAAUCUGGAGAACCACAAGCAAACUGGCGUGCUGGUGAUGGACUUCUCAAAGGCAUUUGACCGUGUCAAUCAUAGUUUGCUUCUACACAAACUUCAGAGAUAUGGGAUCCAAGGCAACACUUAAACAUGGAUCCCUAGCUUCCUCAGCCACUGAUGCCAAGCAGUAGUGGUGGACGGUACAAGCUCCUCCUUUGUCGAUGUGAAGACAGGGUCUCCCAGGGAUCCUUUGUCCUUCCGGUUUUAGAUUAUGCAUCUUCAGUCUCUGACCCAUUUACCUAGAAGAGCAUUGACAGGUUGGAGACGGUCCAUCGAAGGGCUGCACGCUUUGUCUUGAACCACUACAGGAAUACCUCUAGUGUUGGCAGCAUGCUGGAAACACUAGGCUGGUCACCUUUGGAGGAACGACGACGACAAUCCAGGCUCUCCAUUAUGUACAAGAUAAAAAAUGGGCAACAACACUAGAAACAUUUCCGUCUAUUGCCUCAAGCCUCCCGACCCCUAGUGCAUGAUUACCUCACAAAGUAGCAUUUACAAUCAGUGAAAUAUCCUCAUAAACACCAGGCACAGAAACAUUGCAAAUCCCCUCUACAUGCAUAGGAGCUAAAAUGAUCAAUAAAUUGAUCGUGGGCCCUUAAGAUAUAGAAGAAGAAGAAUAGAAAAACAAGGGGAAGUAAUUAAAUUGCCUCUGUGACAAGUUUUUAUUAUUUAUACUUCUUAGGCGCAAAGUCAGGUAAGAGAUGUGUGAUGUGAUUACCAGUAUCUUGUGUUAAGAAUGUGUUGAUUGGGAAGGAUUGAUAAAAGAUGGGGGGGGGGGGGGGGGGGGGGGGGGGGGGGGAGGGGGUUGCACAAAGGAGGGACACAAUACAUGAUUUGAAGAACUUGCAAAUGUGUAACAAGAAAAAGGAUAAAAAUAGCUAUUCAAUGAUAUGUUCAACAUCUUUAAAUAAAAUGUUUGUAUUGUUUUGUUACAUUUCAUAAUAAUAAUAUAUAUCAAUGGAGUUGAUAUUGACUUAAAGUUGGAAUUUUUCGUCCACACUAUCUGAAAUAUUAUGUUGCUGUCUCAAGGGUCAAAUUUAAUCAACGGUUUUUCCUACUGAUCAUUCAGGUGCCAGGGAGACACCAGAAGAGUUCAGAUCUGAUGUGAUGGAGCUCCUUCAGAAGCAUGCCAAAAAUAUUGAGAGAGAACCUAGGAAUACCCAACCAGACCUUUAGAUUCAAACGAUAUUAUUUAUUAUUGCAGUAGAUAAGUGGACUCAUGUUCAUUGACACGUGAUGUUAAAAUUAAUCAAUUUAAAGAUGGGUAUAUAUGUUACUUACUAUUUGUUAUAUUUUCUUGUAAUGAAUUGUAACGCAAUCAUUUGGCUUAUUUGUCAUGGAAUUUAUAUGCAAUUUUUAAAAAAAUAUUAUUGUUUUCAAAAUUUGUUACCGGUAUAAAAAUAGCCAAACUCAGAAGAGAAAAUAUGAUUAUUUUGUUCAUUUCUAACGUGAUCUAGAUAAAGCUUUAUAAUUAUCAUGAGGAAAGGAAAUAUUUCAUUUGAAUAGUAUGACUAAGACUAAAACAAGAGUAAAAUUAACAUGUAGAAAUACAACAUGCACUCCAUGAAAUGCCACACACACACCCUGAAAUACCACACACACACACACCCUCAAGUACCACACACACACCCUCAAAUGCCACACACACCCCCUGAAAUACCACAGACAUCAUUCAAAGACAAGGCACAAAUAAUUGUUUAUUUUUUAUUUUAUAAUUGUGCAAAAUUAUUCAUAGGUGAUGAAGCAAGUGAUCUGAUAUUAACACAAAAUGAUUAGUCUCUUGUUGUUUUUAAAGUCCUUUAGUCUUAUGUCUUUAUUUCUAUAUAUGCAUUAUAUAUACUGUUGAGUCUUUCUGUUUAAGAGAAAAAAAUAAUAUAAAAAUACUAAGCAAAGUGUAAAUAACAGCUUUGUACUUGUACUUCACAUAAAAUAAAGUUUAAAAUAAAAUGAAAAUCUCAUGUUAUCAUUUAGUCCCAAUUGUGGAG